AUGCUGGCCAACACUUCACGCCGACUACCGAAAGCCGCCGCACGAUGCAUUAGCUCGUCAACUCCUACACGCGUGCUACAACAGACGUCUGCCGCUUCGUCUUGUAGCAAGACAAACACUCCACAAGUCACGCCAGCCGAGAAAGUUUGGUGUGACAUCUACGGUGUAGACUAUGAGAAGCAGAUUCAGGAAACGUUGCACGAGUCGCCUGCUGCUGCUGAAGCCGCCCCAAAGCCUGUCAACUAUCCUACAGCUGCUCCGACAUCUUCCGUCCAGGCUCAGAGCAAGGCCGACAUCUGGAACGUCGUAUUUGGUGACAGGGAAUCCACUUAA